UUUCCUGUUCAUAAACGUUUUGUGAUUGGUGAGAAAAAGGACAUGGUGUAGUCCUCCUAUACAAUUGGUUUAGGAAAAACUAGGUUAGUAGUGCGGCAGUCAUAACAGAGGGGAGAAAGUAGGUCACAGACUGAGUACCGUAUAUCACUGUUUUUUUUGUAACAGAGGGUUCUAUCAUUGAAUGGAGAGGGCCUAGCUGAUUUAUCUAAUAGACCAUCUCCUCAGAGACCAUCUCCUCAGAGACCAUCUCCUCAGAGACCAUCUCCUCAGAGACCAUCUCCUCAGAGACCAUCUCCUCAGAGACCAUCUCCUCAGAGACCAUCUCCUCAGAGACCAUCUCCUCAGAGACCAUCUCCUCAGAGACCAUGUUUUAAUCAAGUAAAGGAGGGAAAUUACACCGGGCAAAGCUGACUGUUUUGGGCUUCGCGUUGUGCUGAUCAUGACAGUGUUUUUCCUGGGGCUUUGUCCCACUCUCACAGAAAAGAGACUAACAAGAAGUGCCUUGCUUUUUCAGGCCAGGAGGGAAUAACUUUCACAAGCCUGAAGUCUUUUAACAAAAAGGCCCAUGAAUAGUAGAGCACAUAGCUCAGUGUCUCAGAGAAGGAAUACCAGACGAACCAACCAGGAGGCAUCUCCCCCCAUCUCAAACUAAAGCAAUUGCAAAUGGAUGGAAGGAAAUUCCAGAAGCUGUAAUGAACAUUUGUGAUGAUCUAAUGGCAGACCAAAGGAUGGACAUUACCUCUACAAUGAAUGAGUUCAUGUCCCCCAGCUCCAGCGACCUGAUCAGCAGCUCCGUCAACACCCCAGGCAUGGACUACACCCGCAAGAGAAAGGGCAGCACCUCCGACUACCAAAUUGAUGGAUUUUCUUUCGAGGAGUGUGGUGAUCACCAGGGCCGGAUAAAAAAUGCCAGGGAGGCACACAGUCAGAUUGAGAAGCGGCGCAGGGACAAGAUGAACUGCUUCAUAGACGAGCUGGCGGCACUAGUCCCUACCUGCAACGUUAUGUCCCGCAAGCUGGACAAACUCACGGUCCUACGCAUGGCUGUCCAGCAUAUGAAGACAUUAAGAGGAGCAGCAAACCCUUACACAGAGGCGAACUACAAGCCGUCUUUCCUGUCCGAUGAUGAACUGAAGCACUUAAUAUUGAGGGCUGCUGACGGCUUUCUGUUUGUUGUUGGAUGUGAUCGUGGGAAGAUCCUUUUUGUCUCGGAGUCAGUUUACAAGAUCCUCAACUAUUGCCAGAAUGACCUAAUUGGCCAGAGUCUGUUUGAUUACCUGCAUCCUAAAGACAUCGCCAAAGUCAAGGAGCAACUGUCGUCAUCAGAUACAGCACCUCGGGAGCGGCUCAUUGAUGCCAAAACCGGUCUACCAGUUAAGACAGACAUCACCCCUGGGCCAUCUCGACUGUGCUCCGGGGCCAGACGCUCGUUCUUCUGCCGAAUGAAGUGUAACCGGCCCUACGUCAAAACAGAGGACAAGGACUUCCCCUCCACCUGCUCCAAAAAGAAAGCCGACCGCAAGAGCUUCUGCACGAUCCACAGUACUGGCUACCUGAAGAGCUGGCCGCCCACCAAGAUGGGCCUGGACGAUGACAACGAGCCCGACAACGAGGGCUGUAACCUCAGCUGCCUGGUGGCCAUCGGCCGGCUGCAUCCCCACAUCGUCCCCCAGCCCUCCCACGAGGACAUCCGCGUCAAACCCACCGACUAUGUCUCCCGCCACGCCAUCGACGGGAAGUUUGUCUUUGUUGACCAGAGGGCUACAGCCAUUCUUGCAUACUUACCCCAGGAGCUUCUUGGCACCUCUUUUUACGAGUAUUUCCAUCAGGAUGAUAUUGGCCACCUGGCAGAAUGUCACAGACAAGUGCUUCAGAUGAGAGAAAAGAUCAACACAAACUGUUAUAAGUUCAAGAUUAAAGAUGGCUCCUUCAUCACUCUGCGAAGCCGCUGGUUCAGUUUCAUGAAUCCCUGGACCAAAGAGGUGGAGUACAUUGUCUCCACAAACACAGUGGUCUCGUGCAGUAUGCUGGAUGGUGCAGACUCCAGCUAUCCUCAGUCUGCCGUCUCUCCCACUGGCUCUAUGGACAGUGUGCUGACGUCAGAAGGUGGAGGGAGACGGGCCCUUCAGACGGUGCCAGGCAUCCCCGGGGGAACACGUGCAGGUGCCGGUAAGAUCGGUCGCAUGAUCGCAGAGGAGGUGAUGGAGACUCAGAGGACCCGAGGCUCAACCCCCUCCAGCUGUGGCUCUAGCCCCCUGAACAUCAGCACCCCUCCUCCAGACUGCUCUCCAGGAGGCAAGCGAAUUCAAAAUGGAACGCCAGACCUUCCGUCGGCAGGGACGCUACCAGGACCCGACACCAUUGGAUACCCAUACUCCAACCAGUCUAUUAUGAGUGACAACUCGCACCUCAGCAUUGACAUCAUGGACGAACCAGGCUCCAGCAGCCCCAGUAACGACGAGGCAGCCAUGGCUGUGAUCAUGAGUCUCCUAGAGGCUGAUGCAGGCCUUGGUGGCCCUGUAGACUUCAGUGACUUACCCUGGCCCUUGUGAGGACAGCCCCAGCAGGGCUGUUGGAAUCCUUGGUCUAAGGCCCACAUAACCAUGCUAGUGAACUACAGCGGGACUGGUACAGGAUGAUUCAGUUAGCAUUAUCCUAACGGGGAUUUCUAUAUUGAAGACAUGUCUUGAUGCUUUUACACUACAUAAUGGUUUUCCUUGUUGGAUAUCCCCAUUGACUAAAUGGUAGGAGUGUAUGGUAUCAGUAGUAAAAUAUUUUUUUAAUUAAAGUUUGAGCUUAACAGAU